GUUCAUCUUAAAGGCAUCCAUUAGCAAGAUUUAGUCGCGUUUCUGCUAAUGAUACCUGAAAAAAACGAAUUCUAAGCUAUGAUGACAGGAAUUCCCAAAAGUUGGUUCUACUCAGUGAUAUGUGCAGCUUUUUGCUCAAGGAUUUCCUUGUCAAAUGGAUGUAAGGAAAUGCACUUCAGGUUUGGAGUUGAUGGCUAUGCCUUGGCCAAUCACACUUUCUUGACCGACAAAGCUUUGGACGAUGAUCACUGUCAAUCUAAGUGCUUCAUGGAUGAUCGCUGUAUUUCAUAUAACUUUGGAAGAGGCGCGUCUUGGGAACUCCAAACAUGCGAACUGAAUGAAGCUGAUCACAAACAGUUUCCAGAAGAUCUAGUACCGAGACCUGACACUACGUACAAUAUGGCAGAGAACACAUGUAAUUGCACAGCGAAUGAGAUUUGUCGCAUGAAUUUCGUCAACAUGACUCAUUAUUGUGAACGAAAACCUGGAAAAUACGAAAAAAGUAUUACGUUUAAAAACUGCAAAAGUCUCCAAAACCUUGGUGAAGAAAUAAUUCUGGAUGGAAGUAAUCCAGUUCAAACUGGCAUCUGCAGAUCAGUGUUGACGACAACUGUUGACUCCCCUGUCAGGCCAUACCGUGUGAUAGUAGAGAUGUACAGCUAUAAUGUUGGUAACAGCAGAGUAAUGCAUCCUGGGAUAAUAUUUAAUGUUCAAGAUGAAGACAACUUUGACUUCCUUUUUACCAGAAAUCAUAUGCUCACCAAGAAAUGCCGCAACUCAAGCUGGACGUAUGCAAGCACAGGUAAUUAUUCCCAUCCCCAACGUUUGCUCAAACUACGUACCUCCAUCCAACAAGUGGUUCAAGAUGGAGGUCCAAGUUCACCCAGGAUCGGUGACGAUUUUCCUAGAUGAUGAGUACGCUACGAAUUACACUGGGAUGGCAAGCACUUUGAUUAAAAGGGGUGGAUUAAUGGUGUACAACAAGUACUCCACAGUAGUGAAAUUCCGAAAUUACACAAUUGAAAAUCUUUAAACUGGAAUAAGAAUGAUGUUGUUGAUGUUACACAUGUGGUAGUGGUAGUGGUAGUGGUAGUGGUAGUGUCCUUAUGACCUUCCUUGGUCCUAGGUCUGUGAGGUCUGCUGGUCAUAGAUGUGUAUUGUUAUGAAGCAAAAUUUAAUCUUUGUAUUAUUUCAACAACAAUGCAAUAUGUUGGUUCAUUUUUAGACAAAUUCAUAACUUUGUUAUAAAUAUAAUUGAUAGAUAGUUUAUUAUCCUACAAAUGGUUAUGGGCUAUCGAUAUCAGAUGGAUAAUCGAUUGUCAAUAAUAUUUACCAUUCCUAGCCACAAAUUAAACCAACACUACUAUCUGUUUUAAUCAAAACCUAGCCCCACGUAGUGACCUUAUUUAACCACAAAAUGUAAAUAGGAUAUCAGAUUUAGCUAUAUAUAGACGAACCUAGACAGCUCUUACACACGCCUGCAUCGACUUAACUUUGGAGUUAGAAGGCCGAGUCUAAGGCUGUAGCUGUAGUUAAACUGGAAAGCAUGGACCUAAGUAAAGACGAGUUGCCUUGUAAGGAAAUCCUUCUAAAACCACACCUACUAAGGGAACGUCUUUCUAGUCAGCUUCGGUGCACCUUGGGCUCGUAGCAAACCUCUCAUAUUGGUAAAGUUAACUAUAGUCUCCUAAAGGUGAAGUCGAAGCUAUUUCAGCCCAAUUCAGUAUUUGUUCAUCGGCUUGUGAUGCUUUUUCCUUUACCUUGUCUGUGUUGAUUCAGCUGGUGACUUCAAAUGUCGGUCGACGGGUGUGGUCCCGUAAGAUAGGAGCGGAAGGUAGAGAUCUUUUCUUUCCUCUUCGCAUUUCUUGAGCAUGUUCUUGAAAAUGUUGUACUAUGCACUCCGCAUAUCAGUUUGACUGUUGGUAAAGAGGAAAACUUGUUGCCUACUCUAUCCCAAAAAGUGUUCAUGAGAUAACUUUUCAAAUUCUUGUGAACUAUACUGAGGACCAUCACGGGUUAAUAUCUAGUUGUCGUGUUAUCCCGUGUUCAGCAAAGAUGCUUUUCAAGUAAGCUUGCUGAUGAUGGGAGACUUUCUGUACUGUUCGGCUUCUAGGAGUUAUUGAUGAUCUUUAUGCUAGAACAAAUCUGAGCUGAGCUUUUGCCAUGGGUAGUUGGCGGUUGUGGUUGCAAAAUUGGCUGUUUCUAGUUGGGUUAUUUCUUUCGUGAUGCCUGGCCAGAAGACAAAUGUACGAGCUAGUCUCAGUAGGCACGGUUUUUGUCCUUGUAAAUUGGUGAACGGUUUUGGAAUUUCUAGGUCUGAGAGAGCUGGGAGAUGGAUCUUUCUCCUUUUAGCACAAGACCUCGGCCUCCAAUUAUCAAUUCUUCCAGACAGUUCCAGUACUCAUGGAGGGAUUUAGUCCAGUCCUCUCUUCUACCUAGCCAAACUUUGUAGAUUGUGUUUCUUAACUUUGACAAUACGGGAUCGUUGUCAGUCUCGUUGCGGAUCUUCUGAAUUUGCACGAAUUUGCUACGAGUCAAUAGCCCAUGUGGCAGAAUAGGCCAUGAGGGCGAGAGGACUAAUUGUUUUAGUCAAAUCCAACUAGUGGGUCAAAUAUGCAAACAAGUCUCGAAUUAAAGUUAAAUUCAAUUUGUUGGCUUUCAAAGAAGUCACUUUUUGCUGCCAGUAGGCUAUAGCUUAUAGCCUACUAGUAGCUCAUCCAAUCAGAAUGCAGCAUUGAUUACGGACCGCUAGCUGAAUUUGACUAAUUGUUAAAUAUUUAUUUUCAAUUAAUAUUUUCUGACAUUUCAGUUCAAUAUUAUUAAGGGGUGAAUAUAGUACAAUACAUUGUUUUUCUACCUUUUUUCGAGGGUAUUUUUCAAAAUACUGUUACUUACACUUCGAAACAAGCAUGCCAUGCAUGUACAUGCACCGGCACUAUGAUCUAUAGGGAUUUAAUUGACUAGGCAGUAAAAGUUUUUGUUGUUUCUCCGGUAAUAAUUUAUUUUGAAUUGAUUACAUAAUCAAGAUCAUAUAGGUGAGGGGAGGGGGUGGGGUGGUCAAUUGCCCUAUUUUAUUAUGACGUCACAUCAAAACAAACUAUCAUGGUCACUGGAAGGGGAUGGAAUGACAACAACCCAUCUUAAAUCACAAAAUCGCAUCACAAGACUAAAAUCGCAUCACAAUAACCGGGUCGAUCAGACAGAGAAGAUUUAAUGUUUAUACUGUAAUAAUAGUACGGAAUUUCGGGUCAUAAUGUCUCGCCUUACGUAUACGAUCAAGACAAUGCGUAUACUACUUUUGGUCCAACUAGCUCUCCCAACAUAAGUUUCACCAAGAGAAUAUUCUCCAUCUAAUUCUAAUUCUCCCAAAGUUUUUUUCUAUAUAUUUGAUGGUUUGUCUUUUCCUGAGGUCAUCAUUAUGUAAUAUCUCAACAGCAGCAACGAAAAGAGAUGUAUGACCUAUAACAUUAUGACGUCACAGCUUGUUUACAUGGGCAAGAAUGAUAGGAACUUAGCCGAAAUUUUCUUUCGUUCGGGAUAUUUAGURCAACAUUUAUCUGUUAUCACCUUUCCACGUCUAGUUAACCAUUUUUUAUUGUGAUUUAAUUCGCUUUGCUGCUACUUUGCCCCCUCUGGCGACCAUGAUCCUUAGCGUUAAAACAAUAGAUUGUUUUGAUGUGACGUCAUAGUGUCAUAGGGCAAAGAAGGCGGCUGGUAUUCAACAUCUUUGCACCAAAUAUGAAAAAAAAAACCGAAUUUUUCAACGUAACAAAAGCCAUUCUCGUCCUAGACCCUGAUACAACUAGUUGAAAGCAAUGCAAGAAAACGAAAAAUUGAAUAAAAAAAAUAAUAAAGAA